CUGGCGCGGGGGGCGUGUCCGCGUGGCCGGCUCUCCUGCGGGCGGACGCUUCCUCCAAGUGCAGCCGGGAUUCCAACUCAGCCGCCGCUUGCUCGCCUUGGCAAGACCGUCCUGCGACUGAGUCUAGGGCCAUGGCUGACGAAAGCCAGGAGAUGGGUGGCAUCCAUUUUCCUUUCCCCUUCCCACCCUAUCCUAUCCAGAAGGACUUCAUGGCGGAGCUCUACAAGGUUUUGGAGGCUGGCAAGAUUGGGAUCUUCGAGAGUGCAACUGGCACAUUCAGUAACAUUGGACCCAACCUGAGAAUGUUCCAGAAGGAUGUCUUCCUGAGGAGGAAUGAAAAGUGGCAGUGUUUAAUUAAAGCACCUGGUGAGGAAAUAUAUGUGAAUACCCUAUUGGUCCCCACAAAACCAGCAUACACAUUU